AUGCCGAAGACUAGGUCGCAGAGGAACGCUGGCGGGUCCAAGGGGACCGAGCGUGGUGGCUCCCAAAACCCCUCUCGGGGUCCAACACCCGGAGAAGGAGGGGCAGGGCCCUCACGAAUCCCGCCUGAACAACUGGUUCAGACAGUGGCCGAAAACCUGCCCACCUUCGAGGCAAUCAUGAACUAUCUCAAAGAGCAGUCGGGAGGUCAUCAGGACAAGGAGCCCAAGGUUCAGGGAGCAGAUCCGUCAGAAUCCCGAACUGGGAGUCCCACCAAAACUGGGGCCAAGCGAGCACACCGGGAAGUCACGCGUGAGCAAGUCGAGGUCAUGGAGCCUUCUCACAAGAACUCCCGGACUGAACACCCGGAGCCCGUCCGGAGGCUCCCCAGGGAAGACCUCUCCCCCCGGAGAGAGAGACAGCAGGUGCGGGACGAAUUGGACCUACUUCUGGACCCAGAAGCGGACAGGUACAUUGCUUCCCCCUUUGUGCUCGAUAUCGAGGAGUUUCAACUGCCCGCGAAAUUCAAAAUUCCGAACAUGAAGCCUUACGACGCAACUACGGAUCCGGAAGACCACCUGUUUGUGUUCAUGACGCAGAUGCGUUUACAAACAGCCGCGGAUGCGGUCAGGUGCAAGACCUUCCCAAUGUUCCUAGAAGGAAGGGCUCGGCAGUGGUUCCAGGGGCUUCCCCCUAGAUCGAUCAGUUCUUUCACUCAGCUCGCACGGCAGUUCUCAGCACAGUUCGUUUCUUCACGAGCUUAUUCUAAAAGCACCGCGCACCUCAUGACUAUCCAACAGAAGGCCGAGGAGUCCUUGCGCGAGUACAUGGUGCGCUUCAAUAAUGAGUCCCUUCAGGUUCGAGAUCGCGACGACAAGGUGGUCAUGGCCGCCUUCAUCAACGGGCUGCGCAAGCAAAAGCUGUACACCGAGCUGGUGGAGAGACCUCCCAAGACAGUUCGGGAGAUGUUAGAUCGAGCCCAUGAGAAGGCCAACGCGGAGGAAGCCAAUCGCCUUAAGAGUGCACAAGAAAAAUUGAGGGAUGACAAGCGCAGGAAGGGCGCCGACCAAGUGAGGGCACGGCCUGACCAGGGAAGGAGGGGUGCUUAUGACCGCCUCCCCAGGAGUCGCCCGAUGGGAGGGGACAAGUCCUGGACUGGCCUCACGGCACCCAGAGCUCGAGUGCUCGCAGUAAUGGAGCAGGAGGGGCUAUCCCGACCUCCUCGACCUUUGGUUGGGGACAAAAGUAGACGGGAUCAAGGUCUGUAUUGCGCUUAUCAUCGGGAUGUGGGGCACGAUACGGAGGACUGUCGUCACCUCAAGAAAGACAUUGAAAAGCUCAUCAAACGAGGUCAUCUGGGGCAGUUUGUACGAGAGGAACGAGCUGACCAGCAACGGGGAAGGCCCAGGUCGGAACGCCCGAGCUACCCGCGGGACCGGCCUCAGGGGCCCCGCGGCCGAACUCCCGAGCAGGAAAUACAGAGCCUGGCGGGGGUGAUUAACACCAUCGCCGGAGGACCUGCGGGUGGAGAUAGUCAUGCAGCUCGGCGGCAUAACCGUCCCCCUCCCACGGGGGAGAGCUCGGCCAAGCGUUUGAAGAUGUAUGAGGAAAUAAUCUAUGGACCUGAAGACGCAGUCCCUUUGGCCUCUAAUAACCAUGAAGCCAUUGUGAUAGAAGUCAUCACCUGUAACUUCAAGGUGAGGAAGGUGUAUAUAGACAACGGAAGCGCCAUAGACGUGCUGUAUUAUAAGACCUUCAAGGAGCUACAGCUGGAGGAUAGACAGCUCGUACCGGUCCGAACUCCGUUGAUCGGCUUUGUUGGUCCUCCGGUGAGGCCGGAAGGGAUGAUCACUCUCCAGGUCACGGUGGGGGUGUCCCCGAAGUGCCGAACGAUUCCGGUAAACUUUGCGGUGGUUAAGGAGCCGUCCUCCUACAACAUGAUCCUGGGACGUCCCACGUUGAAUGCCCUCCGAGCUGUUUGCUCCACCUUGCACCUCAGUAUGAAAUUCCCUACUUCUGAUGGGCUGGCUGAGGUGCUGGGAGAUCCAGAGGUGGCAAGGGCGUGUUACAUUGCCACCCUUAAGAGCAAAGAAAAAUUGGUAGCUCAGACGAUUUGUCUGGAAUCCUGGGAACCCCUGGAGAGGGGGGAAAGAUUGGAGACAGAUGAGGGAUUGGUCGAGCUACCCGUCCAGCCCGACCGACCCGAGCACACAGUGAAGGUCGGCGCCGGCCUGGGUGAGCAGAUCCGAAGUUCUUUGGAAUCUCUCUUGGAAGAGUAUGCUGAGAUUUUUGCUUGGAGCGCUGAUGAUAUGCCCGGAAUACCCACCGAGCUGGCAGUCCACAGACUACAUGUAGAUCCCAACGUCCGACCAGUGAAGCAGAAGAAGAGGAAUUUCGCUCCUGAGCGAAAGGAGGUCGUUAAGAGCGAGGUGGGUAAGUUACUGGAGGCUAAGAUCGUUAAGGAAGUCUAUUAUCCUACCAGGCUAGCCAACCCGGUGCUGGUCAAGAAGGAGGAGAAAGCCUGGAGAAUGUGUGUGGAUUUCACUGACCUGAAUAAGGCUUGCCCGAAAGACUGUUACCCACUCCCACGGAUUGAUCAGCUCGUGGACUCGACAACGGGCUACGAGAUCUUCUGUUUUUUGGACGCCUUCAAGGGGUACCAUCAGAUAGCUUUGGAUGAGGGGGAUCAGGAGAAGACCUCGUUCAUCACUGAGGACGGGACCUACUGUUACGUUACCAUGCCAUUCGGACUGAAGAAUGCAGGCGCAACCUACCAGAGGUUGGUGAACAAGCUGUUCAGAAAUCAGAUCGGCCGGAACCUAGAGGUUUAUGUGGAUGAUAUGUUAGUGAAAAGCCGAACCCAGGAGCAGUUCGUCUCCGACCUGAGGGAGAUCUUCGAGGUCCUUCGGAGCUCGCGAAUGCGGCUAAACCCCAAGAAGUGUACUUUCGGGGUCAGGUCGGGCAAAUUCCUGGGCUACAUGAUCUCUAAAGAGGGGGUCAGAGCUAACCCAGACAAAAUCAAGGCUAUCACGGACAUGGCUCCUCCCCGAAAUAUAAAGGAGGUACAACGAUUGACAGGGAGGAUGGCAGCCUUGAACAGGUUCCUAUCCAAAUCGUCAGUUCGGGGAGCGCCCUUCUUCAAGGUCCUGAAAGCUAAUCGGCAGUUCGAAUGGAGCCUGGAGUGCCAAAGGGCAUUCGAUGAGCUGAAAGCCCACCUCGCACGGUUGCCGGCCCUGACCUCUCCAGAGUUGGGGGAGACCCUGUUCAUCUACUUAGCUGCGGGAGAGGGGGCCAUUAGUGCAGUAUUGGUGCGAGAGGAAGAAAGAACGCAGAAGCCGGUGUAUUACGUUAGCCGCGCCCUGCAGGGGGCCGAGGCAAGGUACUCGGCGGUAGAACGCUAUGUUCUGGCAUUGGUACAUGCAGCUCGGAAGCUUAGGACGUACUUCCAAGCUCAUCCUGUAGUGGUCAUAACGGACCAGCCCUUGAAGCAGAUCCUUUCCAAACCCGAGUCCUCGGGACGGAUGGUAAAGUGGGCUGUGGAGCUGUCGGAGUAUGACUUGGGCUACCAGCCCCGGACCUCCAUCAAAGCCCAAGCAUUGGCAGACUUCAUAGCAGAUGGUGUAUCCUUUGGAUCGCCUGAAGCGGAGGUCAAGCAGGCCAGUGACAUGCAGGCUAUGAGGAACAGGGGAGUUGGUAAGGAGGUACCUGCCGGGCAAGCAGCUAAGGCUUUACCGACUCACGAGGCUACCAAGGCCGUCCAGGCCCAAGAAGCAGCAGAGGUUUUACAGGCCGAAGAUGCUGCCGAGGUCACCCAGGUCACACAGGUAGCGGAGGGAGGACCGUCCGGAGAAGCAGCUGAGGCCCGGCAGGCCGAAGAAGCUGCCGAGGACAGACCGUCCAGAGGAGCGGAUGAGACUCAGCAGGUCAAAAAAGCCGUCAAGGAUAGGCAGGCCGGAAAAGCAGUGGAGGCCGAGCAGACCCAGGGAACUGCCAAGGCCGGAGAGGCCGAGGAGGCAGCUAAGGUCGGACAGGCCGCCGAUGCUGACGAGGCCGGGCAUCUUGGAAAAGCAGACAAGGCUAAACUGGCAGGGGAUACUAUCCAGGCUAGGAAGGACGCAGAGGCGGUGGAACGAGCAGGUCCCACCUGGACAUUGUACGUGGAUGGUGCGUCGAGCAAAGAGGGGUGCGGAGCAGGUCUCCUCCUUAUUAGCCCUAUGGGGGAAGAACUGCCCUAUGCACUAAGAUUCGACUUCAGAGCCUCUAAUAAUGAAUCAGAGUACGAGGCUUUGAUUGCAGGGAUGGAGAUAGCCCGGAAGUUAGGGGCCAGGUCGAUAAAAAUCUAUAGUGACUCACAGCUGAUAGUGAACCAGGUGUGGGGAAGCUACGAAGUCAAAGAGGGGACGCUUAGAAGGUACGUAGCGAAGGCACACGAAUUGAAGGGUUUGUUCGAGCAGUUUGCGCUUGAGCAGAUACCGCGGAGCCAAAAUAGGAGAGCUGACGCCUUAUCCAAACUGGCCUCCACCUCGGCAGGAGGCAUAGGUCGGGAAAUACUGGUGGAGAUGGUUAAAAGCCGAGCAUAUGACCAAGUCAGCACGGCGGUCAUUCAGGUCACCUAG